GCAUUGCCGUCGAAUUAUUGUCCCACCAACCUCCGCCCCUACAGUCAUGCCUCAGACAUCGAUGGACAAUUUUCCAUGCAGGCGGACAAAAACCUAAUUUAAAGUGAAUUCCUAUUACUAUUAUAUAAUAGAAGUGUCGCGUUUAUGUUGAGGCAGUUUUAGCGGCGAUACUUCCGCAAUUUGGAGUUGCUAGCUAGCGUAUGCAUGGGAGGAGAAAACCGGGGAGAGUGAGGAGAGAGGACUGACCCAUUUAGCGAAGGCCUAGCGGAGAGGAGUGGAGCGGCGAGGAGAGGAGAGGAGAGCAGCCAUGAGCGAGGGGGAGGGCCACUUCUACAGCAUCCAGGUGGGGGACUCCACCUUCACCGUGCUCAGGAGGUACCAGCAGCUGAGGGCCAUCGGCUCCGGGGCACAGGGCAUCGUCUGCUCGGCCCUGGACACGGUGCUGGGGAUCCCCGUAGCGGUGAAGAAGCUUAGCCGGCCGUUCCAGAACCAGACCCACGCCAAACGCGCCUACAGGGAACUGGUGCUGCUCAAAUGUGUCAACCACAAAAACAUUAUACGGCUGCUGAAUGUGUUCACGCCACAGAAAUCACUGGAGGAGUUUCAAGAUUUGUACCUGGUGAUGGAGCUGAUGGAUGCCAGCCUGUGCCAGGUCAUCCACAUGGAUCUGGACCACGAGCGCAUGUCCUACCUGCUCUACCAGAUCCUCUGUGGCAUCCGACACCUACACUCCGCAGGCAUCAUCCACAGGGACCUGAAGCCUAGCAAUAUAGUGGUGAAGUCGGAUUGCACUUUAAAGAUCUUAGACUUUGGCUUGGCCAGGACGGCCUGCACCAACUUCAUGAUGACCCCCUACGUGGUGACCAGAUACUACAGGGCCCCGGAGGUCAUCUUGGGCAUGAAGUACAAGGAGAACGUGGAUAUCUGGUCCGUGGGCUGCAUCAUGGGGGAGAUGGUGAAAGGCAGCGUCAUCUUCCAGGGCACAGACCACAUCGACCAGUGGAACAAGGUGAUCGAGAUCCUGGGCACCCCGUCGCUGGAGUUCAUGAACCGUCUGAUGGAGACGGUGAGGAACUACGUCAUGAACAAGCCGCAGUACCCCGGGGUCAGCUUCAGCGAAUUGUUCCCCGACUGGGCCUUCCCCGCUGAAACGGAACAGGACAAACUCAAAACCAGCCAAGCUCGGGACCUGCUGUCCAAGAUGCUGGUGAUUGACCCGGAGUGCCGCAUCUCAGUGCAGGAGGCCCUCAGCCACCCCUACAUCCACGUGUGGUACGACCCGGCAGAGGCAGAUGCGCCACCACCUCACAUAUCUGACAAGCAACUGGAGGAAAGGGAGCAUAGCAUCGAACAGUGGAAAGAGCUGAUCUAUAAGGAAGUGAUGGACUGGGAGGAGCGGAAUAAGAACGGGGUAGUGAAGGAAGAGGGUUCCGUAGAUGGCAUGGUGAACAGCAGUGCCACAGCCUCGCAGUCAUCCUCCAUAAAUGACAUCUCUUCCAUGUCUACGGAGCAAACACUCGCCUCGGACACGGACAGCAGCUGUGCCGAAACCCUCACUGGGGCACUGGAGGAGUGACCUUGCAGACUGCUAACCCUCUCUCUCUCUCUCUCUCUCUCUCUCUCUCUCUCUCUCUCUCUCUCUCUCUCUCUCUCUCUCUCUCUCUCUCUCUCUCUCUCUCCUCUCUUGCGUACUCUUUCUCUCUUUCGCUCUCUCUCUCUCUCUUUCACUCUAUCUCUCCUCCCCUUGGCUCCCUCAAUGUGUGCCAUGUCAUGGUUUGGACUGAAAAGAUUGAUUCAGAGUUUUAUGUAUGAUGAUUGAUUGAUUGUUUUUUUCUUUGUUUCUUUUAGUGUUACCUUUUUUAUCUUUUUGUCUUCCGUUGAGAAAGGUCGAGAUGCUGGUUGUUUUGUUUGUGUGUUGUUUUUCUUCAUUCUUAGUGCGUCCCAUUGAUUACCGCUCCGCACCGUAGCUUAAUGUGAUUGGGCAUGGCAGAAGCUCUCUAAGGUCCGCAUUGCCUUAGAAGGAAACAAAAAACAACCAGCACACUCACCCUUUAAAAAAAAGAUUAUAUAUAUAUAUCUGCAGAAUCAUUGUUGGAUUCUUUUCUUCUGUGCAAUUCUUUUUUUCUCGAAAUCAAGCACCAUUGCCUUUUUUCUCUUUUUUAUUAUCUCUCUUGCCAUGAUAAGUCAGACCUAGGUUUUUUAUUUUUUUUUAAAUAAUGUUUUUAGACAUUUAUUCACACGAACCCAAUGACCCAGUGAAGUGUCCUUUUGGGAAUUGCCAACAGUGUACAUCUUCCCACUGCUCAUGACGCUCGUGUUGUUUUAUCAUUUCACUUCUAACAGAAUCACUGUCACAGGGAUAUCGGAAUGGCCAUUGGAAAGCGAAGCACAGGAACAAAUAGGCUACUUAAUUGUAAUAUGCAAUACGUUACAGAACCCCUUUGAGUUUGUGACAUCGGGAAAAUCUGUGGUGUUCAAAAAAAAAGAAGAAAUUUCCAGCUGCAUGUUCACUGCAAAUGGCUUUUGACGCUGUAAACGCAACAUACUAAGUAUGCCAGUACACACGUAGGAAAAUUAAGUAGUGCCUGCCUUGUAUAUAGUAAGUACUCCACGUUCAAUGGUCUGCAUCGUCAAGGGCUUGAGGAUAAUGGAUCUCAUGCAUAUAGCCUUUAGGUUGUGUUUAUGUAUAUAGGUAAAAAAAAAAAAUGUGUAAAUGUAUUGAUUUUUUUUUCUUGUGCUGUGGAAACAUGGUUUUACAGCUUCUCAGCGUGUGCAGAGGCAUAAAAAAGUACUGUACAAAAAAAAGACAUUUCCAUUUAUUUUGAAACAAAAUAUAGAUUUUGGAAAUGAGAAUUGAUGAAUUGGGAUGUGAACGUUAAGAUUCACGUGGAAGUGUUUUUAAAAAAGAGAGCUUGCACAGAGUAUGUUCAAACAAAGACCCGUACUAAGGGACACACAAAGCAAAAGUGACACUGUACAUUUUGAGCACUUUCUUAUCGGACCCUGGUGGCCGCUUGUCAUAGCAGUGGCAUGCCGGCUUAUGGAGCGAGGGGUCAGUUGUCAUUUCUCGUCAGUAUCUUCAAAUACUACUCGUCAUCAUCACAGUUCUCCUGAAAGAGUUUUGCUGUGUAGCCACAUUUUCUUCUCUGUGUUACCCGUUAAAUUCCCCCUCCUCUCUGUUCAAUUACCCCAACCCACCUCUAUCAAAACCACAAAGUGUUCUCAUGUGCUCCAUUUCAUUUCAUUUUCAUUUUUUUUCUGUCACACAUUUUUCCUUUUGUGUAUGGACAUGCACUGCUACUACGUAACAGAUCCAUUGCCUGUUUUAACAAGAGCAGCAUUCAGAAAGUCCUGUUGCAGUUUGAGAAUAGAAAUAUGUUGGUCGAAUAUCACGUUGGAAUUCCUCAUACUGUUCUUUAUUUCUCUCUCUUUCUCUCUUUCUCUCUCUCUCUCUCUCUCUCUCUCUCUCUCUCUCUCUCUCUCUCUCCCCCCUUUGCCUCCCCGUCUCUGUAAAGUCACUCUGAGACUGCAGCCUACUUCACUCUGUUUCUGAUUGCCAUACCAUAUCGUACACAUUAUGUCCAGGCCCCUACUGGACUACUUACACUUGAAACUGAUAUAGAAGUUGAGAACAAAAGAUUUGUGUGUGAGAUUUUCACAACAGAGUAGGAGGAUAAGAGAGAGAGAGGGAGAGAAUGCGAAAGGUGGUCUCGGUGAAGGUCGCACGUUCGUUCAGGGUUUUCAAAGUCAAGGCUUUUAAGGAGACUAGACGAAGCUGUACGUACAUCAUUGCAUUUUGCCUUAAACUACACCAGAGCGCCAUUACACAUCUGUAUCCAGAUCUGUGCUGUGUGUUGGAUAUGUGACUCAUUAAAGCGGACAAGACUGUUUUCCGUUUUGUUUUAUUGCUUUUGUCAGACAUGUUUUGUUUGUUUACCUUUUUUGGGAAUAGGAUUUCUCUGUCCAAUUACGAACUUCGAUCCCCCCAUUCAUUGAAAUCAGGCUAUGGAUCUCUUUGAAAAAUAUGUUUUCUGUGUAUUUUUUUUCUGUUUGUUUUGUUUUAUGUUUUACUUUUAUUUCUGCAGUCUGCAUGAAAUACAGUAUAAGGCAAUAGAGCAUCAGCGUCUAUUGUUUACCGAGUGUGGUCUCUCUUUGUGUGUUUUUUUGUGUGUUGUGUGAGUCUUUGUGUGUCAUCUGAGUUUGUCUCACAUCUGCCUCCACUCACACUUAGCGGACACAGGUGUCAAAUGUCUGGUGUUGUGUCAUGAGUAUAGAUUAUACGUAUAUAAUACACAGUGUAUAUGGAUCUGACAGUGGGUCUCAGCUGUGGAAGGGCUUACCAUAGUUUGUGUAAUGUCUGAUACAAAUAGAGGCAAAUGCUUUAGUGUGUUGACUUGUCACAGAGAUGGAUACUUGAGAUGCCUUUUCUUAAUGAAACCCAUGUCGGCAUGUCUGUCUGUCUGACAAUCCAGCCACUAUGAAAGACUUUGGGUGUAAAAAAUGAUAUUUUAGAAGAGAGUAGUGUCACCUUCACAGAUUCCUCCUGUACAUGUACUGUUACAUUAAAAAACAUUGUUGUGACAUCA